UGCCUGUCACUUCGCUGCUUGCUGUGUCGGAGGCUCGGCUUCCCUUCUCUCGGACACCCCGAACGAGAGCCAGCCGCUGCGGCCACCACCACUACCAGCACUACUACCACCACCACCACCACCGUCGUCGUCGUUGUCCUAACCAUGGCGACCACCGUUACGUCCACCCGGUUCACUGACGAGUACCAGCUGUACGAGGAGCUCGGGAAGGGAGCUUUUUCAGUGGUGCGCAGAUGUGUCAAGAAGUCGUCGGGACAGGAAUACGCCGCAAAGAUCAUCAACACCAAGAAGCUGUCUGCACGAGACCACCAGAAGCUGGAGCGUGAGGCUCGUAUCUGCCGGCUGCUCAAACACCCCAACAUCGUGCGACUGCAUGACAGCAUUUCAGAGGAAGGAUUUCAUUACCUCGUCUUUGACCUGGUGACAGGCGGAGAGCUUUUUGAAGACAUCGUAGCCAGAGAGUACUACAGCGAGGCCGACGCCAGUCAUUGCAUUAGUCAGAUCUUGGAGAGUGUCAAUCAUAUCCACCAGCAUGAUAUUGUGCACAGAGACCUCAAGCCUGAGAACCUGUUGUUGGCCAGUAAGAUGAAGGGAGCUGCAGUGAAGCUGGCAGACUUUGGCCUCGCUAUUGAAGUGCAAGGAGACCAGCAGGCUUGGUUUGGCUUUGCGGGAACGCCUGGCUAUCUCUCCCCGGAAGUCCUUCGGAAGGACCCCUACGGCAAGCCUGUGGACAUAUGGGCUUGUGGUGUUAUUCUCUAUAUAUUGUUAGUUGGAUAUCCUCCAUUUUGGGAUGAAGAUCAGCACAAACUCUAUCAGCAGAUCAAAGCUGGGGCCUACGACUUUCCCUCCCCUGAGUGGGACACGGUGACCCCUGAGGCAAAGAACCUGAUCAACCAAAUGUUGACCAUCAACCCGGCCAAGAGAAUCACUGCCGAGCAGGCCCUCAAGCACCCAUGGGUCUGCCACCGCUCCACAGUGGCGUCCAUGAUGCACAGACAGGAAACUGUCGAGUGUCUCCGCAAGUUCAACGCUCGCCGAAAACUCAAGGGAGCCAUCCUCACCACCAUGCUGGUGUCCAGAAACUUCUCAGUGGGCCGGCAGCAUACCAACUCUGCUGCUGCCGCCUCCUCCACUGCCUCACUGGCUCAGGAAGCAUGCAAAAGUUUACUCAACAAGAAAUCCGACUCUGCUAAGCCUUCCACCAACAACAGUAAGAACAGUAUAGUGAGCGCCAUCAAUGCCCUGAAAGACAACAACAUGGCGACCAACUCCCAGAUGGAAUCCCAAAGCACGGUGGUGCACAAUCCUCCUGACGGCGUCAAGGGAUCCACCGAGAGCAACGCCACCAACGACGAGGAGGAAAUGAAAGCGGACAGUACAGCGCUGAGUCAGAGCAGCGCCACCGAGGAGAUGCCCCCACUUCUGCCCUCACCUCAAAGUUCACCUGCCAUACCACCGCAUGACGCAAAGCGCAUGGCUUGGAAGAGCACGGGCGACAACAGCUCCUGCACCGACUCGGAGCUGUCGCAGGCCUGCGCGCCCGUUGCGGGCCACUCUGUCGCCGCUAAAAGCAAGGAUAAGCCGACUCGCAAGCAAGAAAUCAUCAAGAUAACGGAGCAGCUGAUCGAAGCCAUCAACAACGGCGACUUUGAGGCCUACACGAGGAUUUGCGAUCCUGGACUCACUUCCUUUGAACCCGAGGCCCUGGGCAACCUGGUGGAGGGUAUGGACUUCCACAAGUUCUACUUUGACAACUUGCUGAGCAAGAACAAAAAGCCGGUGCACACCACCCUGCUAAACCCCCACGUGCACCUGAUCGGCGAGGACGCCGCCUGCGUGGCCUACAUCCGCCUGACGCAGUUUGUGGACGCCACCGGUCGCCCGCGCUCCAGCCAGUCGGAGGAGACCCGAGUGUGGCACCGCCGCGACGGAAAGUGGCUCAACGUUCACUUCCACUGCUCGGGAGCGCCCGCCGCGCCACUACAGUGAUCAGUGGUCCUGAGCCUCCGCCCUGCCGGAGGCGUUUUGGGGGGCAGUUUUUUUCGGCAAGUGUGUUUCGGGGGGGCUCGUCCCCCUGCGUGGACGGGCUCGUGCCAGGAGCCCGGCCGGGCCAGAUCGCAUCCCUCUCCACGAUACCAACCAAUCCUGUCUCUCCUUUGACCCGCCGGGGGUUUCGGCCGAGCACAAGACGUCGUCGCCGCCGCCGCCGCCCCUCCCCCCACCCACGUGGGGACGAUGCAUGCAUCUUGGCGCCUGCCUGAUUGUGGAGGGCGCGUCUUUGCCCUCUGGCCCUCCCCACCCCCCCACCCACCCCUCGGCAGCCAUCUUUCUCGCGGCCCGCGCGAAGGCGAGACGUCCUGGGGGGAGGAGCUGAUUUCCAGUUGUGACAGUUUAUGUGUAAAUUACGACUCGAUGUUCCAGAAAAAACCACCGAAACCCAAGCAAGCAUUUAUAGUCUUCAUCCUAUAAGGGAGGAGCACGUGAAGUUAGCCGACGCCUUCUUUUUUUUUUUGGUCCUUUUGUUUUUUCGGAGGCAUGUGACCUGGAAGGGGGGGGGGCAAACACGCUUUGAGGGGGGCUGGAACUUGAUAUGGAAAACAUGAAGCACCAAAGUGUAGAACUUUAGGCUUUUUAUGUGUUUUUGUUUCGUGUGCUCGUCCCCCCCCCCCCCCCCCCCCCCCCCCCCCCCCGCAGCUUGGUGUAACGUCGUCACGCGUGGCGAGGACCGGGGGCGGGGUUUAAAGUUGCGUGUUCUCUUGUGUUUUUCGCGUCCCGUGACGAGCUUUUUCUCUUUUUUUUUUUCCCCCUUAUUGAUAUUUAAAGCUACUUUUUAACAGUUUUUAGAGAAAAAAAAAAGGGGGGGGGAUUAUAUUGUGUAAGCUUUUUCCCCCGCGCACGUCCUGUCUUGUGUGUAUGCAGCAGGGGGCGGCAGAGGGCCCGCGGUUGGCCCCGGGUGGCGUUUGCAUGUCGGCCCCGCCUCCUCCUCCUCCUCGUCCUUGUUUUUUGUCUUCUUUCCCCUCCUUUGUUGCUUUUCUGCCAGCGCCUACUUGGUUCCCCAUACAGUGUGUGUGUGUGUGUGUGUGUGUGUGUGUGUGUGUGUAUAGAUGUACCUGUAUGUCCCGCCCACCUCUCCACUGGCCCCGCCCACCUCAAGAGAGAAACUGUUCUCGGAGGCCUCUUUUUAAACGCGCCAUAUCACACACGCACGCCUGGUGCUGUGUUCAAAAACAUAUCCGCACCACCGGCCGCCCCACAACGUUGUGCGAGCCGUCGACCUCGCCCACCUUUCAGUCCUCUCCGCCGUCGCCGCAUUUAUUUGUACGGAGCCCCUAAGGACAUGGGGGUAUUUUUUUUAAAUUAUUAUUAUUAUUUUAUUUUAUUUUUUUGACAUGUAUCUCGUGCGAACGAGAAACUUUUUAUAAAGUUAUAAAAAAAAUAAAAACAAUUUUUUUUUUAGACAUGUAUUUCGUGCACACGAGAAACUUUUUAUAAAGUUACAAAAAAAUAAAAACAAUUUUUUUUUUAGACAUGUAUUUCGCGCGAACGAGAAACUUUUUAUAAAGUUAUAAAAAAAUAUAUAUAUUUUUUUUUAGACAUGUAUCUCAUGUGCAGGAGAAACUUUCUCGUGCGCUUUCUCGAUGCAUGUCUAAAAAAAUAUUAUUUUUUUUUAUCACUUUAUAAAAAGUUUAUUGAGCGCACUAGAUUCAUGUCUAAAAAAAAAAUGUUUUAUUUUUUUUUAUCACUUUAUAAAAAUUUAUUGAGUGCACGAGA